AUGGUACAAAAGCGGAACAGAUUUUUAAGUACAACGAAUUCCUCACAAGAUGACGAUGCGGACUGGGCAAGGAAUAGUUCCAUUGAUGAGUUCAUUGUUCACAAUGGAACCAAUGACACAAUUGAAACAUUGUACGAUGUGCCUACCGGUAUGAUAGUGCUGCUCUCGUUUCUGUACGGCUCGAUAUCGGUACUGGCAGUGGUGGGCAACUUCCUAGUGAUGUGGGUCGUUGCCACUUCGAGAAGAAUGCAGAGCGUCACAAACUGCUACAUUGCAAAUCUAGCUUUAGCUGACAUAGUCAUAGGAUUAUUCGCUGUACCAUUUCAAUUCCAAGCCGCGUUGCUCCAGCGAUGGCUGCUGCCACACUUCAUGUGUCCAUUCUGUCCGUUCGUGCAAGCGCUGAGCGUCAACGUCAGUGUGUUUACGUUGACUGCCAUUGCCGUGGACAGACAUCGGGCGAUUAUCACACCUCUCAGUGCCCACACUUCAAAGCGCAUAGCCAAAGUAAUAAUAGUAGUGAUAUGGUUCCUAGCACUAUCACUGGCAGCUCCAAUGGCUAUGUCUUGGGAAGUCAUCAUGGCUGAUGAAGUGGAUCCAGAUACGAAACAUUAUUACAAGAAGCCGUUCUGUGCUCCCACCGAGUUCGGUUCACAUUCGCUGGCUAUUUACAGAUUGUUACUAUACGUUUUCCAGUAUGUAAUCCCGUUGUGUGUGAUUACAUUUGCGUACGCGCACAUGGCCAUGAAGCUGUGGGGUGCGCGCGCGCCGGGAAACGCGCAAGAGACGCGUGACGCUAACCACAUGAGGAAUAAAAAGAAGGUGAUAAAAAUGCUGGUUCUGGUGGUAGCACUCUUUGCUCUAUGCUGGUUACCACUACAGAGCUACCUCUUAUUGCAAUCUUUCUUCCCGUCGAUAAAUGAGUACAAGUACAUAAAUGUGCUAUUCUUUUGCUUCGACUGGUUAGCAAUGAGUAACUCUUGUUACAACCCGUUCAUCUACGCCAUUUACAAUGAAAAGUUCAAGAAAGAAUUUAAACAACGCUUCACAUUCGGGAAAAAACCAAGUAGAUUCGUAAACGAUAGCUACGAGGAUGGUCAGUCGUAUAGAACACGGAUAUUAUCGUUCCGGUCAACAAACGAGAGAAGUGGAUACUCAACCAGAAAAUCUAUAAACUUGGCACCCACUGACACUUUGAAGGUUCCUUCCCGAAACUCAUGUCACUGCAUGAGUACACAGAAUAGAGAAAAUGGAUUUAAUUUUAUGAAAACAGAAGACAUGGAAGGACAUGGAAAUAGUAGAAGGUAUUUAAAUAUACGAAUGAGCAACACAGAUAUUGGCAAAAGAAGGUUAGCAAAGAAGCUCUCGGGCAGAGAAGAAAUGCCAAUAGGCGACGAAAGAGUCAGUGAACUGUAUAUAUUCCCUAACAGUAACAUUGUAGAAUUCACAGACAUAUCAUACGACGACAAAGUGUAA